CUCUAUGACACUCGGAACGAAGUUAAAGAUGUCGUCAGCCUUCCAUCCCCAAACAGAUGGGCAGAUAGAGCGGACGAAUCGUACUCUUGAGCAGAUGCUUCGUUCCUUCAUUGGCCCAACUCAGGAUGAUUGGGACGACUUGUUACUUGUGGUUGAGUUCACAGUAAACAAUUCCGUCCAUGAAGGUACCCAUGAAAAACCCUUCAUUCUGAACUGUGGUCGGCAUCCCACGACACCUGCCACGCUGUCCCAGCAGCGACAAAACGCGGCCGCAAGUCAGUACCAUUACCGCAUUGCUAACACACUUUUCGUCGUACAGCUCGAGGAAGCUGGAACCCCAACGCAAGACAUUGGGGAUUUUCCACCUCAGAUGAAGGUUCUGGCGGAUGAGUUUAAGGAGGUUUUUGAGUCUAUUCCAGACGGACUCCCUCGUGACCGCGCCGUGGGCCACACCAUCCCUGUGGAGCCUGGAAAGCUCCCACCGUUUCGACCUCUGUAUUGCCUCAGUCCAGCUGAGUACGAGGAGGCUAAACAACAGAUUGAGGAGUACCUCAGGAAGGGAUGGAUUGAGCCAAGCGCAUCACCAUAUGGAGCAUCAAUCUUGUUCGUUAACAAGAAGGGUGGUGGCUUACGCAUAUGCGUCGAUUACCGCGCCUUAAACAAGAUCACGAUCAAGAACAGAUAUCCUCCUCCAAGGAUAGAAGACCUGUUCGAUCGACUCCAGGGUGCUCAAUGGUUUAGCGUGUUGGAUCUGGCACAAGGGUACCACCAACUGCGCAUCACUGAGGAAGAUAAUCCCAAGACGGCAUUCCGUUCGCCGUUUGGCCAUUUUCAAUGGCGCGUGCUGAGUUUUGGCUUGACCAAUGCUCCGGCCUCUUUUCAGAGGGCCAUGAAUGAUGUGUUUCGCGAAGCUAUCGGAUACUUCGUUCUGGUUUACCUCAACGAUAUCUUGGUUUAUUCCAAGACUGAAGAGGAGCACACUCAACACCUAAAAUGGGUGCUAGGGAAAUUGCGAGAACACAAGUUCGAUGCUCGUUUAUGGAAAUGCCAUUUCUACAAACGCGAGCUGGAAUACCUCGGUCAUCUUGUCGGGAACAACAGACUUAAAGUCGACCCCAAGAAGAUGGUGGCUGUUCAGAAUUGGCCCGUCCCACAAGACGUGGGUCAGAUCAGGUCCUUCCUAGGCCUGGCCAAUUAUUUCCGCCGGUUCUUGGAAAACUACUCGACUGUCGUUGCCCCUCUGACAGCACUCACCCGAAAGGGUAGUGCAUGGGAGUGGACUCGACAAUGCCAAGAGGCAUUUGACAAAGUCAAAACAAAGCUGACCAAUGCUCCGGUUUUGGUAUUGCCAGAUCUUUCUCAACCCUAUGAGGUGGUCACAGAUGCCUCGACAGUAGGGAUUGGGGCGGUACUCUUGCAGGAGGGCCGUCCUGUGGCAUUUGAGAGUAGGAAGCUCUCCUCGGCAGAGCAGCGCUAUACGACGUUAGAACAAGAGUUGCUGGCGGUCGUGCAUGCGCUGCGAACAUGGUGAUGUUAUCUGGAAGGUGUGGAGUUU